AUGGAGAAAGAGACGUCGGAUCUGCUCAAGGCCCUCCAGAAGCCGUCGACAGACGUCCAGUCGCGCCUGGCCCUCUUCAGCGCCCUCAAGUCGAGCAUCAAACACAACAGAGUCCCUGAAAACUGCCAGGCUCCCAUCUUCGAGUGCAUCCGCAUCGCCUGCACCGCCGCCACCUCGGCCGCCCUCGUCUCGACGGGCUUCUCGACGCUCAGCCAUUUCAUCAAGCGCCUGCAACUGCAAAAGGAAACACACAUCCUCACCUCGCAGUCGUCGGUCCUCUGCUCCAUUCUCGCCGACAAGCUGGGCGAUGCGCGCGAGAGCCAUCGCAUCGCCGCCUCGCAGAUUCUCGCCGACUUGCACGAAUUGUUCCCGGCCGAGAUUGACGCGCUGAUCCACGAUGCGGUCAAGAGCACCAAUCCGCGCGCUAAGGAGACGUCCAUGGCCUGGGUAGUCAAGAUGAACCAGACCAAAGGCCUGCCCUUCAAGAGCUACUCCAACCAGCUCGUGGCCAAUCUCGAGGAUGCAGAUGCUGGCGUGCGCGACGCUGCCAAGAAGGCCGUCGUCGACCUCUUUGGGCACGCACCGGAACACGCAAAGGCGAACCUCAAGAAGCAGCUCGUUGCGAUGAACGUCCGAAAAGCCAUUGCCGCAUACAUUACAUCACACCUCGACGAAGCCGCCAUGUCCAAGAGCGGCGAAUUGCCCCCGCAACCACAACUGCAACCGCAGCCACAGCCGCCGCCGCCGGCUCCCGUCGCACGAUCCAUUUCUGCGAAGCGCGCCGAGCAAUUGCAGCCUGACAUGAGUUUUGCAGACAGCUAUGCAUCCGAGCAGCCUCCUCCCGCCGAGGUUGUCAUCAUGGACCCCAUCCACAUCUACACCCAGCGCGAGCUCGAUGACAUCUUCCGCGAUAUGGCGCCUUGGUAUGAAGGAAAAGAAAGCGAGCAGAACUGGUUGGCGCGUGACAAGAACUGUACUAAGCUGAGGCGCAUUCUGAAGGGCAACGCGCCGCACGAGUUUCACGCUGCUUUCGUCGCCGGCAUCAAGUCGCUUUUGGACGGCAUCCUCAAAGUCGCAAACUCGCUCCGAACAACAAUGUCCACCAACGGCUGCCUGCUGGUUCAGGAGCUUGCCAAGACACUCGGUUCUGCCAUUGACCCCUGGUCCGAGAUCCUUCUGCAGUGCUUCAUCAAGAUGUGCGCUGCGACCAAGAACAUUGCCGCCCAGAACGGAAACGUGACGGUGGACACCAUUUUCCAAAACGUCUCGUACACCAGUCGCCUGCUGCAGCAUGUUCACUUUGCUUCGCAGGACAAGAACGUACAGCCACGCACAUUUUCCGCCACUUGGAUCAAGACAUUGAUUCGCCGGCAUACAUCACACAUUGAGCAUUCCGGUGGCCUCGACUCUCUCGAUGGAUUGAUUAAGAAGGGCGUGACAGACGCUAACCCAAAGGUACGCGAGGCUUACCGAAGCACCUAUUGGACCUUUGCCUUGGUAUGGCCUAUCAGGGCCGCGAAGAUGCUCGACACAUUCGACAAGCGCGAAAGAACCGCUCUUGAGAAAGACCCGAACAACCCCAACGGUGGGCUUCCUGCUGCACCCAACAACUCGGCAUCCUUUUCGAAAUCUAUCGGUCCUGGUGCUUCGCGGAGUGCGCUCAAAGAAAAGAUUGCUGAGCAAAGGAGAGCCAAGUUGGCGGCCGCAAAGAACAUGCCCGAGCGUCCCAACUCUGCUGCAGCAAGUUAUACUACACCGGCAAAACCGCAGCUCAGCAAGCCAAUGGGUUCAAGAACAGCUUCUACCAUGUCUGCGUCUGCGUCAUCUUCUGGACCAGCGCGCCCCCCUUCAGGCAUGUCGGGAGAGUCGACGAAAUCAGCACUGAAGAACUCGACAGGCACCGGCUCGCUCAUGUCAGGAACCGUCCGACGUCCGAUCCGCCCUCGACCCGAGCUCAACAGGCCGGCAACAGCUGAUCCAUACGCUGUCCGGCAGCCGGGCAAGUCAACACCCAACAUGACACCGGAGAAGACGCCAGCUGCGACUGCAAAGAAGCCAGCCGUGCCAAAGAGCGGCAGCCGACCGCGAUCUCAAACACACAACAGCCCGACGGUCAGUCCUGCCCGGUCUAAAUCAAGGAUUGGUCAACCCAUUGCGCAUAGCAAAACUUCCAACACUGGCUCUCGCCAUGGAAGCCCGGCCAAGGAGGAGGACCUGACCAUGGUGAAGCCCUGGGUACGGUCGCAGAGUCAUCACGAUCCAGGCCCAUCCCGACAAAGGAGCGGACUAGGGAGCAGUGUGGUCCUAGAUAACGAGGCGGUAGAUAUGGGUGACGACGACAACUUCACAAUGGUUAUUCCAGAUCUAGCAAAACCCGCAGCACCGGCCGUGCAUCGAACACCGCCAAAGCCCCGACCUUCUGGAGGCCGACUACCAGUACCGAGCCCCCGUGCAUCCAUGUUGAGGAGUCCCAAAUCCAUGGGCCAUCUUGAUGUUUCUAGUUUGCGCUCUUCGACACGAAGUCUGCAGGCCAGGACACCGGAUCGGCCUAGCACUCGAGGAACAGAUGGUGGUGAUGAAGUCAGAGUGUACGAAGACCCGUUUGUUGGCGAGGAGCCAUCGCGCUUGGAGAGUGAAUCAGGCAAGUCUGUUCUCGAGGAGCUUCCUAUCAAUGAGAAGAGCAACCAGCGUAGACAUAGCAGCGGGAGUGUGUCAAGCGAUGUCAUGAUGGGGAACAACAAGAACGAGGAGCGCCCGCGGGGCCACCACAAGACAAACAGCAACGGAAGCAUCUUGCACACCGAAACCUACGAUCCGAACAACCCAGAGGUACUCAAAAACCGACAGCUAAUCGCAAGCGGCAUCAGGAAGAUUGAGGGGCGCACCGUCGAAGCUCACAUGUUCCGGCGCAUGCAGGACAUGGUCAAGUCCAACCAAGCACUUUGGGGACCUGAUGACGAGAACUUUGGCAAAUUGCUCCUAGCGUGUCUCGACUUCCUGGAGGCACCAAUCCAGGAGCUGAAGGCACCCCAGCCCAAGGUCAUCAACCUCAAAGUACAAUCGCUUGCGUUGACACGUGCGUUGCUUUCUCUCUACCGCAAGGAAACGGCUAGGUACUCUGCUCGUGUGCUUCGAACUAUACUACAAACCAAGGCACAGUAUGAGAACACAUCACACAUGGCCGUUGAUCUUGAGACAACGGCAGAUGAGAUUGUCAAGUACGGGUCAACACUAGACUGCCUCGACGCCGUCCUUGCGCUCAUUGAAGACUCCGCUGGAUCGACUCCCGCAUCUUCGCCCAACUCAAAAGCCUCCGUCUCCUCUCUCCCCGGCCAAGUGCCCACCAGGACAAUCACAAUGGCGCUCACCACAUUAGCCUCACUUGUGCACAUCAGCGGCGAAAAGAAGAUGAGUCUAUCGCCAGAGCAAACGUCCCGCCUAGGCAGGCUAGCCGUGCGCUGCAUGGACGACCAGGACGCCGACGUCCGCAAAGCAGACAUUGAAUUCUGCGUCGCCCUCCACGAACGCAUCAACGGAGCAGAUGGCGCAAAGGAGGACGCUGGCUUCUGGAAGGUCGUGGCUGGCGCCCGCGAACAGCAUCUCAAUCUGCUGACUUAUUACCUCGCCAAGAGGGGUAAGGCUUAGUUGGUUUCUUCUUCUUCCUCUUCCUCUUCCUCUUCUUCUUCUUUCUUCU